UCCGUUGAAGUUUACCAGAUACAGGAUGGCUCUUGCACUUGCAACAACUAUCUUUCCAAAUACUUGUCCAACUAGUUAUCAUGUGUUCUUGAGUUUCAGCGGUGAUACUCGCAAGACUUUUACUGACCACCUCUACACAGCCUUUGUCAAUUCAGGCUUUCGUACGUUUCGAGAUGACGACGAACUUCCAAGGGGACAAGAUAUCAAACCAGAACUGCGGAAAGCCAUCGAGCAGUCACAAAGUUCUGUUAUUGUGUUUUCAAAAGACUAUGCGUCUUCCGGAUGGUGCCUUGAUGAGCUUGUGAUGAUCAUGGAACGCAAGAGGACCUGCGAUCACAUAGUUUUACCUGUCUUCUACGAUGUCGAUCCAUCCCAAGUAAGGAAGCAAACAGGAAGUCUUGCAAAAGCAUUUGCUAGACACGAAAGAAAUCAUUCCUUGAAGGACAAGGUGAAACGAUGGAGGGUGGCACUUACAGAAGUUGCAGAUCUAGCAGGAAUGGUAUUGCAAAAUGAAGCCGACGGGCACGAGUCUAAGUUUAUCAAGAAAAUUGUAAGGGUAAUGGAAGAUAAACUAAGGCGCAUUCCCCUAAGUGUUGAACCCCACCUAAUUGGAAUAAAUUCUCAAACGGAAGACAUCAAUUUAUGGUUACAAGAUGGAUCAGCUGAUGUUGGCAUACUUUUAAUUCAUGGAAUUCGUGGAAUAGGAAAAUCAACCAUAGCGAAAUUUGUUUAUAAUUCAAACUCUCAAAGAUUUGAGAGAUGCAGUUUCCUUGAAAAUGUCAGAGAAGUUUCAGAACAAUCAAAUGGCUUGCUUCGGCUUCAAAAACAACUUCUUAAUGAUAUUUUGAGUGGAAGUAAAGUGAAAAUACACAAUAUUAGUGAAGGGAUGGCUAAGAUUGAAGAUGCUGUUAGCUCUAAAAGAGUUUUUCUUGUUCUCGAUGACGUGGAUCAUGUGGACCAAUUAGCUGCAUUACUGAGGAUACAAAAUCGAUUUCAUCCAGGAAGUAAGAUCAUCAUAACAAGUAGCUGUGCGGGAUUGUUAGGAGCUCACUGCCAAAUUGUUAAGGUGCAUGAGGUUAGGACCCUGGGUAAGGAUGAAUCAUUGGCACUCUUUAGUUGGCAUGCUUUUGGACAGGACCAUCCCAUUGAAAGUUAUACCAAUCAUUCGAAAAGGGUAAUAGAUCACUGUGGAGGACUUCCACUAGCACUUAAAGUUUUAGGUUCUUCUUUAUCAGGGAAGAAUCUACUUGUCUGGGAAAGUGCAUUGAACAAAUUGAAAGCUAUUCCAAAUGGUGAAAUAAUGAAGAAACUCAAAAUAAGCUAUGACUCCUUACAAGAUGAUCAUGACAGAAACUUAUUCCUCCAUAUUGCAUGCUUCUUUAUCGGAAUGGAGAAAGGUAUCAUUGUUACAAUCUUAGAUGACUGUGAUUUCUUCACAGAGGUUGGCAUUCAGAAUCUCAUUGAUAGAUGUUUUUUAACCACUGACAAAGAUAAUAAGCUGGUGCAAAUGCAUGAUAUGAUUCGUGACAUGGGAAGAGAAAUUGUUCGUCUAGAAUCCAAGGAGCCAGAACGACGUAGUCGAGUAUGGCAUCAUAAGGAUUCUUUCAAAAUAUUGUCCGAAAAUAUUGGCACCCAAACAAUUGAAGGACUUGUUCUCAACAUGCAAAUGUACCCUUCGAGAAAUUCAAGUAAGGUAGUAUUGGAAACCAAUGCAUUUACAAGGAUGCACAAACUAAGACUCCUCCAGCUCAGUCAUGUGCAGCUCAGUGGACGCUACGAAGAAUUUCCUGCAGGACUAAGAUGGCUUUGUUGGAUUAAAUUUCCUUUAGCUUCCUUACCCACUGAUUUUCCGUUGGAGAGCCUUGUUGCUCUUGAAAUGUGUUAUAGUAGUUUGAGACGACUUUGGAGGGGAACAAAGUAUCUCCCAUCACUAAAAAUCUUAAAUCUCAGCCACUCUCAUGACUUUAUAGAAAUCUCUGAUUUCUCAUGUAUCCCUAAUCUAGAGAGACUCAUUCUUGAAGAUUGUGCGAGAUUGGUAAGUGUUCAUGAAUCCAUCGGAGUCCUGGAGAGAAGGCUUAUUUAUUUGAGUGUGAAAGAUUGCAAAAAUCUUAGGAUGCUUCCGGAGAACAUUUCUAUCCUAACCUUCCUUGAAACACUUGUUAUCUCUGGUUGUUCAAAUCUUAGAGAGUUUCCGACAGAAAUGAGGAAGCUACAAUCGUUGAAAGUGUUUCAAGCAGAUGGAGUUCCAAUACAUCGGUUACUAGUCACUACCACCAGGGAGGUCGAACUUUGCUCAAGUCCGAUUCAAGAACUUUCUUGGGCUUCUAAUCUUCCACGGAAUUUAGUAAACUUGAGUCUAAGAUGCUGCAAUCUUUUGGAUGAUGAUUUUCCAUGUGAUUUUGCUAAUCUAUUGUCGCUGCAAACAUUGGAUCUCAGCGGGAACCCAAUUUCUAGGCUACCGGAUUGCAUAAGAGGUGUUACUGGCCUCCGAGACCUGUCUUUGAGCUAUUGUACAAAGCUCAAAUCACUUCUAAGGCUACCAGCAGAAUCACUUCAUUUCUCUGUGACCGGGUGCACAUCAUUGGAAAAAGUAACAUUUCAAUCUUUUUGGGGACGUGAUUCUUGGUGGGGGUCCAACCAUAACCUUGUUGAGGUACAGGGUAAGUUCAAGAUGGAACCCAUUGAAAGAGUUGAUAAAGAAAUGCUAAAACUUUUGAGUCUAGGCAACCUGGAAACCUUGGAAAACAUUUCGAUGGUCAAUAGUGGAUUUUAUGCUCAACGCAUAUGGAAGGGAACACAUCCCGUCCAGGGACUGUACGAAAAUGGUAUAUUCAGCACAUUCCUUCCUGGAGACGAAGUUCCAGGCCAGUUCAGCCAUAGAAGCAGAGGGUCCUCUGUAUCCUUUACUGUGCCUUUACUUCCCAAUCUCAAUAUACGAGGGCUGAAUGUCUUCUCGGUCAUAGCACAAUCCAACGACAAUGAUUCUGAUCCUAUGACCAAUAAUGUCAAUAUUGAUGGUCCACUUCAUCCGACAAUUACCGUCGUGAUUAAUAAGAGCAAGGGGCUGAAGUGGAUCUAUGGUCCACUAUUCUCUGGCGUUCCAGGUGAAGGAAAAGAUGUGAUAUGGUUAAGUCACUGGAAGUUUGGGAAUCGACUUACAUGUGGUGAUGAGGUGACUAUUUUAAUAUAUACGAAAUCUGAUUUCAAGGUAAAGGAGUGUGGCAUCCAGCUUGUUUACUACGAUGAGAAAGAUCAUGUGACUUCAACCACGGACGAUCCUUGUUUUCUCCGAGCUGGAGUUCGGUCAACAAUACCCUCUCAUCCGGGGGAGAAAGGAAUAACCUUCCUAUGCUAUCUAAGAAAAGAAAUUGAUGAAAAUAUUGACCUCAUUAGGGAUAUCAAUGAAAAAUCAGAGAAAGAAGAAGGGCAAGUGGGUGACCUCGUCCUCACUCUUGCAGCACAAAGUGGCAGCAAUAGCAAUAAACGAGGUUUGAUCAGCAGAGGUUGGAAGGGAAUCAUGAUGGCCACCAUCCUCAUUCUUUCUCUUCCUCUGCUUACUCGCUCUCCUCUCUUCCAGCAGCGAAAGAAACAACAGUCCACAUGCCCUUCAUGAAUUUGUUGUAUUAAUUAGGCACAAGUCAUAUCGUAACUUCCUUCUCUUAUUAUUUCAAAAAGUAUAAUUUUGAAUCACUGGAUUUAUAUCUUCGGUUGGUUUUGUUGUCUGUGAUUCAACAAAACCACAUACAAGGGUUUGGGUCGGUGGUGUUGUGUGUUCGGGAGACUUCCAUCGAUUGUAGUUAUCAAGCUCUGACAUACAGGAAUGCCCAUUUAAGCUGUCCGACACAACGGAGACGGAAGCAUCGACCGGAUCGAUCAGGCUCUGACGUACAAAGGUUGCUGGGGUGGGAAAGAGAAGAGAAGGGAUUCAAGAAUCAAGAUUGUGGUGGGCUUCGGGGGAAGUGUUUGGGUUUGUUUUCGGAGUGGUGGAUUCGAAAAUUUUGAUCGAGUUUGGGGGAUAAUUUUCAGCAGGAAAAAGGUUCUGUUGUGUGUCUUGGACUAUUUGGUUUUGGUUAAAGGAGUUUUGUGAUAAGCAAAUUAUAAUUUGAAAACAGUAUUAGGUAGGAACAUGGAUUUGCAGGGUCUUCAAAGUUUGUUAGCAUAAAUUGGUCUGCUGUAGGAAAUCAAAUUGUCAAGAAAAAUCAUUUUUGUGGCCUGAAGUAUAUUGUGGUGGUAUUAAGAAGACUGAGGUGAAGAUUGCCCAUUCUGGAUAUAUUGAAUCAAAUUCACUGUUCACUGCAGGUGUUGAAACAUGGGAAUGAUAUACAUUGCUCAACUUUGGAACUUGCCUCUAUGAGUACUUUGACUUCCACUUUGUAAUUUGUACCAGUACGAAUUUCAACUUUUGAAAGUUAUUUCAGUUUAUAAAGAAUGAACUUUAUUGGUUCUUGGAAUUCUGUAGAGAUUGAUUAUCCUCUUGGUUGGAGCAGAUCCUACUAUGUAUAUUAAGUUUGACUUGGGUUUGGACUACUAUGCUGAAAUGAGUACUUGGGACAUUAAGUUUGGCUUUGA